UACUUUUCCAAGGGCUCGCCUUUCAUCCACCAUUGUACUCAUUCUAACAUUCAUCUCUCUCUCUUUCUUUGUCUCUGAAAAUGGCUCAGAAAGUGGUACUGAAGGUCAUGACCAUGUCUGAUGAUAAGAGCAAACAGAAAGCUAUGGAGGCGGCUGCCGACAUUUAUGGGGUUGAUUCAAUAGCGGCAGAUCUGAAGGAUCAGAAGCUAACAGUGAUCGGAGAUAUGGAUACAGUUGCUGUGGUGAAGAAGCUGAAGAAAUCAGUGGGGAAAGUUGAAAUCAUAUCAGUAGGGCCGGCGAAGGAGGAGAAGAAAGAAGAAAAGAAAGAGGAGAAAAAGGAAGAGAAGAAAGAGGAAAAGAAGGAAGAGAAAAAGGAAGAAAAGAAAGAAGAGAAAAAAGAGGAGAAAAAAUAGAAUUACUCUUCUUAUUUUUCUUCAAUUUUCGACACUUUUUCAUGAAUCUAGUCACAUUAUUAUGGAAAAAUAUCAAAUAACACUUCCAACUUUUGUGAAUGUAUCAAUUGUUCAAUUAAUUAAUAAUUCACUCAUUGAAUUUGCUAA